UUUUUACAUAUCUGUGUUAUUUAUAGAUACACACAAAAAUGACCAAGUUUUUUUCUUUUGAUUACAAUCUAAUAUGAAUGCAAGUACUUGAAAACAGUAUCAAAGACAAGUCUUCUGAUAUUUGAUCAACCUUUGGUCAAAUUUAAACAUAAACAGAAAGACGCAUUUGUUUACAAAAGAGGAGGAAAACUACAUCAAACUGGACCAACUCAUCGGGAUAUUACAACGUGCAGCACGUGUUUUCUUUGAUAAAGAAUUUGCUCCAGUAUGUUUAGGUAAAUCGAUCAAGAAAGAGAAAAAGAAGCUGACUGAUCUGAAACCAAAGCGGAUAAUUUACCAAAAACAGUGGAAUCUGCUAUUUCCCCAAGAAGGUGAUCCAGACUCUAAGACCUUUGAUAUCAAUAUAAUAACAACGUGUCUCAGACACCUUACUGACGUAUCUUCUCCAAAACGGGGAUAUGAUCAACUGCCGUUGGAUGAUGAGACUUCACCUGUUUCAGAUUUGGCCAGACUCAAACACUACAGAAAUGAAUUAGCACACAUUGACGACAGGAAAGUGGAAAACGACAAGUUUUCUAAAGCGGGGAGUGAUAUUUGUUGGGCUAUCAAGAGGCUAGGUAAUGACGAUAUGGUGAAAGAAUGUGACAUUUUACAUGUCAAAGACUUAAACCAGUCUACAGUACCAACCAAAGGGUGUAGUAACAUUGAAGUUUGGCAUUUAACCGAAAACCCGAUCAUCACAGAAACGAACCUGAAGAAAUUAGAGGAUAGUAUGAAAUCGAAAAAAUGUGUUAUUCUUAAAGGUCUGAUUGGAACUGGUAAAUCUGAGUUGGCACUUCGAUGCUGUUACAAUGCAAAAAAACUAGACCCUACAGGUAUUGUGCAUAAGCUAAAAUGCACCGACGAGUCUAUGUUUGAAAGAUCACUUCGUGAACUGUGCAGAUAUUUUGAAAACGUCGAAGUUCGUAAAGAAGAACAAUCUCAAAUAGAUACAGUUAUCGAUAUUAUAUCAAGAGAACUAAGGAAAAGAGCUGGUCAUCAUCACGUAUUGCUUUUAGAUGAUCUAAAUAAAAUAGCCAAACAUACAGUAAGCAAAUUUAUUAAAACAUGUAAAACGGCAGAAAAUGUAAAAAUCAUUGUCACGACAUCCUUAUCAUUAGAUAUAGAUAAAGAAUGUGAAGUUUUAGAAAUUAAAGGGUUUUCAGAAGAUGAGGCAGUAGAGUUUCUUACUUAUGGAGAGGAAUGCCGGGAAAAUAUUAGGAAACAUUAUAAAGAACUUGCUAGGAAGUUCAGCUACAACCCAAAAGGACUACACAUUGCGCGAAAGUACAUGGAACAAACUAAAUUACCCGUAAAAGAUCUUGUAAAACAAUUAGGUUGUCCUUCUGAUUUACUUGAAUUCGAAGAAAGCAUGGUUGUGAAAGAGCAAACAACUGAUAAAACACUUUUUCAUUCAUUAGUCAGCUUAAUUGAUAAUAUGCAUGAGAAAUACAGACAAGAUCACAAAGAGCAUAUAUUUGAAAUGUUACUUUCACUCCAGUUUCUUGAAGUAGAAUCAAUACCAGUUGUACUGUUUACAAAAUUCGAUUCUAAGAUCUCCUCAGUUUCCAUAAAUGAUCUGUUAUUUGAAAUAACGAAUUCUUCUUUUGGAACAAUAAAUAAAGAAAAAAGAUAUACCUCGGGAGAAAUUGCAGAGGAGCGGCAGAUCAACACCCAUGAUGUUGUUAGAGUAGCUUUACAGAUAUACAUUACAAACAAGCAGAGUAUUAUUCAUACGUCGAAGGAAAAUAUUUUGAGAAAACUAUUGAGAGCUUUCUUUCUGUUGAUGGAUAAGGACAACCAAAACCCAGUUGAUCUUCGUCGUCACAAUCUAAUUUUACCACAUGCAUGCUCUGUUAUAAAACAUUUGAAAAAGAAUAUAAUAAAUGAGAAAGAUAAAUCAAAUUCAUCUCUGACGAAAGACUUGUUGUAUAAUCAAUUAGAAAGAGAAGUUCACGUUGUAUAUAUUAAUGACUUAAUUGGAUAUACUUUGAGCUUUAAUGAAAUGUAUUAUGAGGCAAGUUCAUAUUUUGAUGGGGCUAAACGCAAUUUACUUAAACUUCUUAGAGUGAAUGAUGAAGAAUUCCAUAAUGAUAUACUUGGUUUUACUAAGCUGACAUCUGAUCCGUAUGAACUGACAACUUUGGUUGAUGAAAAGUCAAUAGAACUUUUCCAGGCCACAGAUGAGUUUAUACGCGCGAACAGAUUAGCACUUCAGACAAUUAGUAAGGACUACGUCUUUAAUAAAUAUAGAAAUGCAAAUGAUGGUAAAAUCCUUUCAAGCGUUUUAGAAAUUGAUGAAUUAGAGGAAGCAUCUUAUUUUGUAGAAAAGGAGUACAAUGAACUAUGUAUGAAAGGAUACGCUAUUAAGGAAGAGAGACUAGGAGGUGAAUUUAUGCUAAGUUUACUUGUUUCUAUUUGUCACACUUUCGGCAGAAGAUUAUUUUACCAGGCAGAUGAUAUUAAUUGGUCGUUAGGUAAAACAUUCUUUUCUUACUUGACGAUUGCCCGCAAACUUUCGUAUAUGACAAACUUGAGCGACAAUCAUUUGCCUAAUACAGGAUCAACAAAGCAAUAUGAAAAAAUUGAGAGUAUGCAGUUAAACCGCUUGUUUACCUGCUUGACUGAAAGAAGCGAAAUGCAGUCCAUUUUGAGUUUUUUUGGUAGAAAGGAAAAUCUCGUUAAAGCGGCUACUUUAAAGGAUAUCAUAAGUACUUGCAAAAAGAGAUUCAAUGAAAAAACUGACUAUUUAGAAUUUGGAGUAUUAAAGGUUUUAGGCGCAAAAAAUGACCACGCCAAAUAUUUGUCAGCGAAGAUGAUUAUCGAUUGCUAUAUAGAUUUAUUCAAACUUGAACAGACUGAAGAAAUACGGGCAGAGGCCACACAAUGGGGUCAGAGUAUUACACAUAUGAUAGCAACAAACCAAAGUAAUUUCCCCAGUGUUGAAUACUCCAUAGGAAACCUUUAUUUUGCCAUUGGUGAUAUUAUUCAGGCCGAAAAAUGUUUUUAUGCAUUACUCCCAAAGAUAGACGAGAACAACAAAUGUGACAAACAAGAUUUAAAAUAUUUUCCAAGAAAAGCUUGUGUUAGCUACAUAAAGUGUCGCUUGGAAAGAUUGGAUCGAGAGGAUGAAUCCUUCAAAGCAGAAACAGAACGGAAAUUGGAAUGUUUCAAAACUUUAUUGCAAACAUAUAAAGCAGAGUUUAAAGAACUUGAAGAACUGAAACUUACAUUAACAAAAGGUUAAUUUUACAACUUAUUUCGUUUUUUCUGAACCGUGUCUUAAAAGGAGUUUCAUAAA